UGCUGUAGAGAAAGUGACAACAAACACCCUCACCAUAGCAACCGAAGAAAAGACACCUUUACCGUGUCAUGAUCUGUUCAUAGCCUCCCGUUCUGACUCCGUCCAGUCUCUAAGAUCAUGGCUAUAGCUUUCUAAAAAAUCUAUUAAUAUAAUAUUACAAUAACGUUUUUUACAGUAGUUUUAAAAGUUUACCCAUUUUAUAUGACAGAAAGGGGAAUUAAAAGAAUACAAUAUAUAACGUUGAAUAAUACACAUUGUAUGAAAGUCAGAUAAUCUGUACCAUCAUCACAGUCAAACCUCCGUUUCCUGGGCGGUUCGUUCAAGUGUGACGUUAACUUGUGACGAUGUAACGGUGCUGGUGUUUCUAAUAUUUUGUCCACCCCUGUCGUCGUAGCUGGGUCAGACGGAUGAGGCGAGUUAGCGGGUAACGCUCGUCGAUCGGAGUGAGUUUAGACCGCAGACGGAGCACAAGCUAACAGCUAACAGCUAGUUAACAGCUAUCGGCUAACAGCUAAAAACAUUAGCUAGACGCUAACGCGCCGGCCGUCCUCGCGGAGAGACGCAGAGCGCGAGACCGACGGACAGGUCAACGGCAGUUUCCGUGACAACACUGGCAGCACAGUCCAAAGGUCACCUGUUCAGACUGAAGCAGGUUCAGGUGAGCUGGGUCACAUGACUGUCUCAGACAUCAACCUGCCACCCGAUAGGCUGACUCCGGGCCAUGAGGACAUCUGAUAGGCUGUAACCUAGCGACCAGCUGUGCCACGAAAGAGGGGAGUAGAAGAAACAGGACUGACAGACAAUAGGAGCAGAGAAGAAGAAAAGGUGUCAUUGUACAGUGAAGAAAGGAGGAGAAGAAGAUCUGGAGAAUUAAAGGAGGACUGGAGGAGUAAAAGGAAGAUUUGAGAAGUUCGAGGAGGUCUUAAUGAGUACAAUGAAGAGUUGAGGAGUUAAAGGAAGACUGGAGAAGUAAAAGAAGGAGUUGAGGACUUGUAGGAGAUGGACCUCAACGUGAUCCGACUGAGUCACUGUCAGAAGGAGAUCUUCUGUUUCUCGGUGCCGGAGGAGUGUCCCAGCUGUGGGGAGGAGCUGAAGGGGAGCAGACUGCAGGAGGCCCCCGUCAGCCUCCCCUCCCCCCUCGGCAACGGGCACAAGACGUCCUGCUGUCUGCUGGUCGCACCGGCACACGACAAUCACAACCGAGAGUUUGAUGGGACAUCCGAUCUGCACACAGGUAUCUCCAGCACUUCAGGAGUUGUGUAUAACUACACUAGUGGUGGAGUUGGUAGAGAUCAGAGCGGGUGGGAGCGCUGCGUCAGUGUCCCUCUGGUUCGACCCGACAUGUUCCACCUGCUGGCUCAGUGGGACCAGUACCUGGACCGCUUCUCUGACGGGCCCAUGUGGGACCCCGCCUGGCACAGGUUCGACGAGGAGCACCAUAACUGCUUCACUUUCUGUCUCCAGUUCAUUAACAGUGUCCUGGCAGCAGAGGGGCGGAGCCCACUGAGCCGAGACACCUUCACUCAAAGCUUCAUCCUGCCGAGGAUGAGGAGGGUCACCAAAUACACCACGCUGUACCAACACAUACAGAAACAUCGGUACUACGUGGUGGACAGGCAGGAGGACAGACAAGAAGACGCAUCAGAUAAACCAGGCUUACUCUAGUCUGUAUGUAUGGAAGAGGUUUAAAUCAGUCACACCAGCUGACUGGUGUCUCCUUUGUUGUGUGACAGAUGACCUGUUGGACUGAAACACAGGUCACUAUAAGGUAUAAAAAUCUAUAAAGUAAUAUAGGUAAACUGUUUGUUUGGUUCAUUAUAUUUGAAUUGAAGUGCAGCUAAAAUCUUGAGCAGUUGAGAUGAAAUGUCUUUGCAUUAAAUGUAAAUAUAUAAUAAAUAUAAUCAUGAAACUAAUCAAUAUGGUACGUUUUAUAGUUUAGUAGCAAAUACAACACAUGGUAAUAAUUGUGCUGAUGCAUGUGCAUGAGCACAAACACAUAUGCAUAUGUUGUGUGUGUACCUUUGUUUGUCUUGUUUUAAUAUGUUUGAGCUGUUUAAACAGUAAUUAAAGGGAAAUACUGUAAAUAAGAGGAUCUCGGUCAGACAGAAGCAUUGGUAACAAUAUUCAUAAGAGAGCAUACUUGGAAAACCUUCUAAUAGAUCCACAACUUGAGAUUAGCUUUCACUUAUUCAUCAUUUAACUUGGAAAAACAAAAAGAACAUUCAUUUUGUCUCUGUGGAUUUUCUCUCUGUCAUAGUCUGUUCAUUAUCCAGGCCUUUUUCUCUCUUCCAGCCACAAAUGUCUCCCAUUAACUCACCUCAAAUUCAGAUAAUAAUAAAUGUACUGUAAUGUAUUCUCACCCUUAUUGUCCGUCAGCUUUGACUAGCAGGCUGUAUACAUGUUUUAAUUCGAAACACUUUAAACGCUUUUGAGUCAUAACAUAAAUACUAAAU